AUGGUAAACUGUGUUGCACUUACCUUUUGUGUACAUUUGUUUCAGAUUCCUCUCUCAAAUCCCACUGAAGAGAAGAACGAACUUGAAAGCACAAAAGAAAGAGAACAAGAGGAGAGACAGAUAGAUUAUGUAAAUACAAUUGAGGAAGGAGAGGAAGAUAAUGAAAAUGGACAAGAGGACCAAGAGGAAGAUAAUGGAAAUGAGGAAGAUGAUGGAGAUGGACAAGAGGACAGAGAGGAAGAUGAUGGAGAUGGACAAGAGGACAGAGAGGAAGAUGAUGGAGAUGGACAAGAGGACAGAAAGGAAGAUGAUGGAGAUGGACAAGAGGACAGAGAGAAAGAUGAUGGAGAUGGACAAGAGGACAGAGAGGAAGAUGAUGGCGAUGGACAAGAGGACAGAGAGGAAGAUGAUGGCAAUGGACAAGAGGACAGAGAGGAAGAUGGAAGUGGAAAUGAGGAAGGUGAGGAAGAUGAUGGAGAUGGACAAGAGAGGGAAAUGAGCAAGAGGACAGAGAAAUAG